GUAAGCCUUUCUGCGUCCAACAUCUCUUACAAGUUCAGGAGAUUAAUAAGGGGGGGUUGGAUAGCCGUCGAGAAUCUAAACCAGUGGUACCAAUCCGGCGACCAGGCGUUCAUCAUCAUUGCUUCGUGCAUGGUGUUACUCAUGAUCCCCGGCAUCUCAUUCCUCUACUCCGGACUCGCUCGAAGAAAGUCGGCCCUGUCCCUCAUCUGGGUCUGCAUGAUGUCCUUCAGCGUCAUCGUGUUCCAAUGGUACUUCUGGGGGUACUCUCUAGCCUUCAGUAGCACUGGUACCAGCGGCUUUAUUGGGAACCUGAAGCACUUCGGCCUCAUGAACACACUCGGCAAGCCAUCUCCGGGCUCCCCCCUGAUUCCCGAACUCCUAUACUCUUUCUAUCAGGUCAGGACGAUCCCACCGCCCCUUUUUUUUCUAUAUACCUUCAGGUAGGGGACACUGAUGCUGACCCUGUGAGCAGAUGCAAUUCUGCGCCGUCACUUGCGCCCUCGUCGUGGGAGCCACAGCCGAGCGUGGCCGUGUUAUUCCGGUGAUGGUGUUUGCGUUCUUUUGGGCGACCCUGGUCUACUGCCCCGUCGCCUGCUGGGUGUGGAAUGUCAACGGCUGGGCAUUCAAAUAUGGCGUUCUCGACUACGCCGGCGGCGGCCCCGUCGAAAUCGUCUCGGGUAUGUCGGCAUUGGCCUACUCCUGGGUCCUGGGCCGCCGGAACGAAAAGAUGAUGCUCAACUUCCGUCCUCACAACAUCUCCCUCAUCACCCUCGGCACUAUCCUCCUGUGGUUCGGUUGGCUCGGCUUCAACGGCGGCUCUGCCUUCGGUGCCAACCUCCGUGCCACGAUGGCUUGCUGGAACUCCUGCCUGACUGCCAUGUUUGGGGCCAUGACCUGGUGUAUCCUUGACUACCGGUUGGCCAGAAAGUGGUCACUUGUCGGCUGGUGUUCCGGCACCAUUUCCGGCCUUGUUGCUGCCACUCCGGCCUCCGGCUUUAUCCCACCGUGGGCUUCUAUCCUUCUAGGUAUCGUUACCGGCAUCUGCUGCAACUUUGCAACCAAAGUCAAGUUCGUUGUACGCAUUGACGAUUCCCUCGACGUCUUCGCCGAACACGCUGUUGGCGGCAUGGUUGGCCUCAUCUUCAACGCCCUCUUUGCCGCCGACUACAUUAUCGGUCUCGACGGCGUGAACACGGGCGCCAUUGGCGGCUUCAUUAACCACAACUUCAAAUUGCUCUAUAUCCAGAUUGCGUAUAUACUUGCGUGCACCGUCUAUUCCUUUGUCGUUUCCGCCAUCAUCGCGAAGAUAAUCGACCUGGUUCCCGGUCUCCAUCUCCGCGCCAGCGAGGAGGCCGAGCUUCUCGGCAUGGACGAUGACCAGCACGGCGAGUUCGCCUACGACUACGUCGAGGUCCGCCGUGACUACCUAGCCUGGACGCCGGCCGGCAGAGACCAGAAAGACGAUGGCGUUGAAAUGAUCCCGCAACACGGCAUCGAGGCACACCAGAACAUGAUGAAUACCCCGACACAUCGCCCGAUACAACAACGCCCGGUAUCUCUCCCUCCUGCUAUGGAGGCGUGCGAGGAGAAGGAGAAGCCCACCUCAUCCUCCGCGUCGACGAGCAAACAAGACUGAGGAAGGAAAAAGGGAAAAAAGGCAUUUGCAGGGUUGUAUUUGAACUUGGUGAUUUAAGCACAGCGGAAAGACAAAAUGACUUGUUUGAGUUCUUACGGUCAUCAGGGCAUCAUCGCUUGGGAUUUUGGGACUUUGGGAUUUGGUUGUUUCUCAUGAUUUUCUUCAUUUUGCUUUGGCCUAGCAUGUUUGCUGUACUAAUACCCAAUUGCUUACGAACUGUUUGAUAUCAACGAUCUGGACAUAUACCUACUAGACUCUCUACUGGAUUGAGAGCGUCAAUAGAAGCAGCUUCACCUUA